UGAAUUUGUAUUACAGGAAAUGAAUAUGGGGACACAUUGUCGUGGAGCUGGAUCUGAUACAUUGUAUUGAUCACACUGUCGGUAAACACAACUCGCUUUGAUAAAGACCUUUUUUAAACCCACAUCAGCUGGAAGAGGCAGGAUUUCAGCCCACCACCUGCGCAUCAGGACGGGCUAGAGGCCAUGUCUACAGUGGUGGAUCUCAAGACAAAGGAGGAGAAGGAUGCAGAGCUUGACAGACGGAUCGAGGCUCUGCGCAAGAAGAAUGAAGCUCUGGUCCGGAGGUACCAGGAAAUAGAAGAGGACAAAAAGAAGGCGGAGCAGGAGGGGAUUGCCGUGAAGACGCACCCACCUAGGAAGGGCCGCUCUCACGAUGGCCCGCCAGAGGGAGACAGAUGGAGGACAGAGAAGGAGAACUUCACUGUCACCGUAGACCUCUCCAAACCUGCAGGGGAGAAACGGGUGAUCAAUGACUGGAAACAAGGGCCAAAUCGAGGCAGGCGGGACUCUGAAGAGGGAGACGGCCCCAGAGCCCAAGGUGAAAGCCCUCCGCGGAGGUCCGGGCGGCUCAGCAGGGGUGGACAGAGAGGAGGAGGACCACGGCAGGAGAGGAGAGAGCAACGCCCUGACAGACCCCUAGCAGACCCACGCCAGGCCCAUGACAGACCUCCACGAGAGGACAGACCUCCACGAGAGGACAGACCUCCACGAGAGGACAGGGGUCCACGAGAGGACAGACCUCCACGAGAGGACAGGGGUCCACGAGAGGACAGACCUCCACGAGAGGACAGGGGUCCACGAGAGGAGAGACCACCACGAGAGGACAGGGGUCCACGAGAGGAGAGACCACCACGAGAGGACAGGGGUCCACGAGAGGAGAGACCACCACGAGAGGACAGGGGUCCACGAGAGGACAGGGGUCCACGAGAGGACAGACCUCCACGAGAGGACAGGGGUCCACGAGAGGACAGGGGUCCACGAGAGGAGAGACCACCACGAGAGGACAGGGGUCCACGAGAGGAGAGACCACCACGAGAGGACAGGGGUCCACGAGAGGAGAGACCACCACGAGAGGACAGGGGUCCUCGAGAGGAGAGACCACCACGAGAGGACAGGGGUCCACGAGAGGACAGGGGUCCACGAGAGGAGAGACCACCACGAGAGGAGAGGGGUCCAGUCAUGGAGGGGCCAGGAGAGGGCCCCGGCCGCAGUGAACGUGCUCCACGCGGAGGACGGAGAGGAAGAGGAGGCCGAGGAGGACGAGAAAGAGAAGAAGGAGGACCACAGGGUGGUGACAGGAAGUCUAAGGAGUGGGAGGAGAAAAGGAGGCAGAACAUUGAGAAGAUGAACGAGGAGAUGGAGAAGAUUGCCGAGUAUGAAAGAGGUCAAAGGCCUGCCGAGGGAGACAAGCCCAUCCGUAACUUCCUGGAUGACCCGCGGCGCUCCGGCCCAGUCCCGGACAUGGACCGCAAGGAGGGCAGCCGCCGACACGUCCGAAACUGGGGCGGAGUAGACUUUGACAACGUGAAGACGGGAUCUGAGCUGGAGAAGGAGUGGACAAGUCGGAGACCAGGGGGCCCUAAGGGCUCUAUGGAUAUGACCAUGUCUAUGACGGGGCGGGAGCGUGCCGAGUACCUCCGCUGGAAGAAGGAGCGUGAGGAGAUUGACGAGGAGCGUCUGGCCAGGCACAGGAACGCCACGGGCCAGUGGAGACGGGAAUGGGACGCCCAGAAGACUGACGGCUUGUUUAAGGAGGACCCAGCUGUGGCUGCAGAGGCCAUGGUGCCAGACCAGGGAGGCAGAAGGAGAGACGAGGUGAAGGCGCCUCCCAAGGCGCCCACGUUCGGAGACUUCCUGGGGCAGGGUAGAGGACCCAGGGAGGGGGGCCGUGGAGAGCGGGGGAGGGGACGAGGACAGAAACAGAGCUACAGCAUGCACGAUAACCGCUGGGAGGCGGAGAAGGAGGAGGACUGGGAGAAAGAGAAGGAUGAGGAGAAAGAGAAGGAAGACAAACCCAAGAAGGAGGAGAAGACUCAGAAGGAGGAACCGAAGACCAAAGCUCCCUCAUCACAAAAGAUGGAGGAGAAGAGUGGUGACGCAGAGGAGGAUGAGGAUGAGUGGGAGGAUGCCAGCGACGAAGAGGACGAUGAUAUGGACGGAGUUGAUGACUCGGAGGGAGACCAUGAGGGGGAUGAGGAAGGGAAAGACGGACAGUCCCCGACGAAGGCACCUCGCCCAGAAACCACAGCAGUGAAGUCCGCCGCCACCUCACCUCCUCCCUCCACUCCCCCCUCCGCAGCCAGUCCUAAAGAGCAGCGCACCCAGAGGCCCAAGGUCUACAUCCCUUCCCAACAGGAGGCUCAGGACUCCCCUGCUGGCCCCAAGCCCCUCAGCCCCUUCUCUCCCCUGGACGGCCACCAGCCGGUCACAGACUGGGGGGAGGAGAUGGAGAUGCAGUCCCCCCGGAGCAGUAUGGGGGAGAACCACCUGAAACCGCCCAGCACUGAGGGAAGCGCUGCCCAGGUUAAGGUCCAAGAAGAGAACCGCACCUCCAGCCCAACCCCCAGUCCCAGCAAGCCAGCAGAGCCAGAGAAGGAGAGGGACACAGGGACAGUUGUGGUCACUGCUGCUCCACCGGAGGAGACUCUGAUCCAGGAAAAAACUCCUUCAUCAUCAUUAGAGGUUGUCUCUACCCCCACUGACCUCCCAGAGAAAGAGGAGACCACCACCAGUCCACCAGCCCAGGAGAUACCUGCUACCCCCACUGACCUCCCAGAGAAAGAGGAGACCACCACCAGUCCACCAGCCCAGGAGAUACCUGCUACCCCCACUGACCUCCCAGAGAAAGAGGAGACCACCACCAGUCCACCAGCCCAGGAGAUACCUGCUACCCCCACUGACCUCCCAGAGAAAGAGGAGACCACCACCAGUCCACCAGCCCAGGAGAUACCUGCUACCCCCACUGACCUCCCAGAGAAAGAGGAGACCACCACCAGUCCACCAGCCCAGGAGAUACCUGCUACCCCCACUGACCUCCCAGAGAAAGAGGAGACCACCACCAGUCCACCAGCCCAGGAGAUACCUGCUACCCCCACUGACCUCCCAGAGAAAGAGGAGACCACCACCAGUCCACCAGCCCAGGAGAUACCUGCUACCCCCACAGAGGAUGAGGAGGAGACCCCUGCUGCCACUCUUGCCCCUGUCCUGGAGAAUGACCAGAGCCUGUCUGAGCUGGCCACUGCCCCAGAGAUGGCCCCAGACACCUCGGAACAGCCAUCUUCAGAGAUGGCCCCAGACACCUCGGAACAGCCAUCUUCAGAGAUGGCCCCAGACACCUCGGAACAGCCAUCUUCAGAGAUGGCCCCAGACACCUCGGAACAGCCAUCUUCAGAGAUGGCCCCAGACACCUCGGAACAGCCAUCUUCAGGCUGAGAGCUGCUCUGGGAAACUGACUUUUCAGUGCUAGUGGUUCACAGAUGAUGGUAGGAUGAGGAGGGGAGAAAAUAAUGACAAGAAGAAAGGAAACCGGGCCUCGCGCACCAUGACUGGAGCAGCCAUCACAGACAUCCUGGAGGGACUUGGCCAGGCACCUCCAAACAUCUCCCUCUCCUCAAUAAUCAGACCACGUAUGUUCUGUACUGUUUGACUAGGAGCUGCAAGUUGCAUAGAAUAGUGAUACUGCCAUUCAUCUGAGCCACUAUGGUAAAUGGCUUAGGUUUUAUAGCAACCAAUUAGGAUGUUACUGUGAUGUCAAGUCAACAAAGCCCCAACAUUUUGAUAUAUGUGUAUGAUUUAACAAAUCAAACUAUUACAUUUAGCGAAGACUCACAAAUAUGAAAUUCUCUCACCUCAAUUGUUCAACCUAAGCAUUUUUUUUUCAACUCCACCUCUUUUGGAAGGUCAAAGAGACUGUUAUGCCCCUUCAACAUGGCAAAGAAUUACAUAUUUGGAAUGCUAACAGUUGAAAGAGCAUUCUCCUCCCUGAAUAUAGACAGCUUAUUGACUACAGUUUAUCCACAUUUGUUUUAAUAGCCCUUACUUUAAAGAUUCCCAAGGUCCCCCCCCCCCCUAUCGUUGUGUCCCAAAUAGCACUCUAUCUCUAUAUAGUGCCCUACCUUUGAGUCCUAUGGGCCAUGGUCAAUAGUAGUGCACUAUAGAGGCAAUAGGGUGCCAUUUGCCACACAAACCCUCUCUUUGUGGAGUUUGUAUGGUUAGGGUUUGGUCACCUUUAUCCUUAACUCAAUACUUUUUAGUUGUAUUUUGUCAUGAAACAAAUCAUAUGAACAAAUUUAAGCCAUGGCAUUGAAAAAUGUAUAUUCUGUUUCCUGAUAAUCAUGUAACAAAGUUGGUUUAGAUUUGGGACCCCAAGAGGAGUAUAGUUAAAAUGAUAUAAGUUUAUUUUUAAGUGAGAUACACUGUACUUAACCAAGCACAGGCAUAAAGUGACCCUGACAAUGUUUGUUAAUAACCAUCCAAAGCUUUCCUUUUGUUUCUCAUUUGCGAUAGAUCGCUAGUGGCCUUUCUAGUUUUAAUCAAGGGGCAUCAGAACAUGUACCUCAACAGACCAAGAUUUUGUUUCGAUUUUUAAGUCUCGUUGGCUUUUUUAGCCUACUCUUGGUCAUGAACUCAAUCUGGCUCACCUAUAAUGAACACGAGCACAGAUAUUAAACUAUGCUUUAAUUGUAUUUCUCAAAAAGGAAUGAAGAGUUGAAAUGAAUUAAAUGGAUCAAGAACUCAAGGAAAUGCAAUAUGUAGUUUAGUAUUUUGAAUUCCAACUAAACAUUCCAAUGUUUUGUGGGAAAAAAAGGCAUCUAUUUUUGUUCUUUGGAUAUCCUCAUUCUUUUCUGUUUCUGAUGACUUAGUGAUUGUAUUAUAAGCAUCAAAUUUUUCUGCACUUCUAUAAUAUCUGCGUUUGAAUAUAAAACUACAUUAUUUGGGUUUGUUUUUGGAGUGGAGUGUUUUUGGAGUGGAGUGUAACUGGCCUAUCUAAACUAGCAUGAUCUGAAAUUCUAGACUUGUUGAUCUGUUGAUUACCACAAAUUAGUUUUUAUCCCAAGAUAUUGACACUUUAAUCAAUCAAGCAGGAGAUUCCAUUUGAUAGCUUUAUCUUUAAGUAUUAAAUUGUGAUUUGGCAGGAAACUCAUUGGUUCAUGCGCAACUGUCAAAUGUACAACAUGAAAUGUGUUCUGUUUGUUUUGCUUCUUAGUUUUCAUAUCAAAUAAAUGUAUGGUGGUCAGGUC